CGGGCUGCGGCUUUACCGGACCGCCAAUUUCCUUCCCUCUUUCGUCAAAAAAAAAAAAAAUUUUUCCUUCCCUCCCCGCCGCAGCGCUACUGAACAUUUCCUCUGCAACCCGCCGCAGCGCGCCACCGCCUGGGGCACGGGCACGGUGCCGCCGUGCUCGAUCUCGCCACGUCACGGAAUAGCAGCGUCCUCAGGCUCCCGAACUUCACCCGCCGCCGCUCCUCCCCGCGAUAUCGCGAUCUGAUCCCGCCCCAGCGCAGCAGCCAGAUCCGCCCCCACCCAACCACCACUUUCGCGGCGGAGGGUGGAGGUGGAGGAUGUCGGCGACGGUGGAGGAGCAGAUGGUGGUGAAGGCGAUCCGGGAGGAGUGCCCCUGGGAGUCGCUCCCCAAGCGCCUCCAGUCCACGCUCCAGACCAAGGACGAGUGGCACCGCAGGAUUGUUGAGUAUUGUAUCCGAAAACGGUUGCAAUGGAAUACCUGCUUUGCCCGUAGAGUAUGCAGAGAAGGGGAAUACUAUGAAGAAAUGAUGCGCUACCUUCGGAGGAACCUUGCAUUAUACCCAUACCACCUUGCAGACUAUAUAUGCCGAGUAAUGAGGAUCUCGCCUUUCAGAUAUUAUUGUGACAUCCUUUUUGAAGCUAUGAAGAACGAACAACCAUAUGAUAGUAUUCCGAACUUCACUGCUGCUGAUGCACUAAGGCUUACUGGUGUUGGGAGAAACGAGUUUAUUGAUAUUAUGAACAAAUGCAGAUCAAAGAAACUAAUGUGGAAGCUGAACAAAUCGAUUGCAAAAGAAAUGCUGCCUACACAGCCUGUUGACAUCCCAGUUGAGCCUUGGUGGGGGGUUUGUCUUGUUAACUUUACACUGGAAGAGUUCAAGAAAGUUUCAGAAGAAGAGACAGCAACAAUAGACAAAAUAUGUAAAGAGGAAGCCAAUUCAUAUGUUCUUUUUGAUCCAAAGGUUAUAGACGGACUUUAUAAAAGAGGGCUAGUGUACUUCGAUGUGCCUGUUUACCCAGAUGACCGUUUCAAAGUUUCUAGGCUUGAAAAUUUUGUUUCCAAUAAGGAUCAAUCAUAUGAAGACCCAAUUGAAGAGCUAUUGUAUGCUGUAUUUGUUGUAUCAAGUGCUAAUGCUACUGUUGCUGAACUGGCUGCAACUUUACAAGCUGACCUCUAUCAACUCCAAGCAGCUGCAUCGUUUGCUUGCCGAUUGGGCUGGGCUACGAAAGUCAUGGACACAGACUCUGUUCUUAAUGAUGAAGGUGCACCUGCGUUUCCUAGUAGUAUUCUUAGCGAUGAUGAAGAAGGUUCGAAUACAAGUAUCAACUCAGAGAAGUCUGGUCAACAAUUGAUUAGCACGGAUUCUGAUGGACCCAGGAAAAUUUCUGGAACUGCUCAUGUGGGCUUCGUUGUUGAUGCCAAUGUUACGUCAUACUUGAUGAUGGGCUCACUAUCGCCAGGGUUAAAAUCUCAUGCUGUCACACUCUAUGAGGCUGGAAAACUGGGUUCUUCUUGCAUUGCAGAGCUAUGUAGUGAUCUGGCUAGCUUAGAGGGAAAGAAAUUUGAGGGUGUGCUAGAGGAGUUUGCAAGUCAUGCAUUCAGUCUGCGAUGCUUCUUGGAGUGUUUACAGUCUGGUGGAGUUUCCGCAAAUGAAAUUACUGAUAAUGCUGGUGAAGCAAAGACUCCAAGAAGCUCUGUUCAUGAUAUUGACAAUGCCGCUGACCAUUUGGCCAAGGUAAACAUUGAGGGUGUUGCUGACAAUAAUCAUAAUGAAGUUUCCGAGCAUAACCAGUGUGUAGGUGAUUUAGAUAGUAGUGAUGGGAAUAUACUAUCACCAGCUUUGGCUAUACCGGAACAUGCAGAAAGCAUGGCAAAAAAUGACGAGGAGAAUGAUUCAACCGUGCAGCUAGAUGUUUCAACUGAAUCUCGAGUUUUGAAGAACAAAAGGAAGUACAAAGUUGAUAUUCUUCGAUGUGAGAGCUUAGCCUCACUUGCCCCAGCUACAUUGGAACGGCUAUUCCUUCGGGACUAUGACAUUAUUGUGUCAAUGGUUCCUCUUCCUUCUUCGUCAGUUCUUCCAGGCCCUUCAGGCCCAAUUCAUUUUGGACCACCCUCUUAUUCCUCCAUGACACCUUGGAUGAAACUAGUACUGUAUACAGCAGGACAUUGUGGACCGGUAUCUGCUGUGUUCAUGAAAGGGCUACGUUUUAGAUUGCUGCCUGAACCAUUAGCUGGUUGUGAGAAGGCACUGAUAUGGUCUUGGGAUGGCUCUUCGGUGGGUGGCUUAGGGGGGAAAUUUGAAGGGAAUUUAGUGAAGGGCAACUUAUUGUUACACUGCUUGAAUUCGAUGCUUAAACAAUCUGCUGUGCUGGUGCAACCACUUAGCAUACAUGAUCUUAACACGUCAGGAAACCUUGUUACUGUGGAUAUCCCUUUACCCCUAAAAAAUGAUGAUCAGUCAAUUGAAUCUGUGGUAGCUCAAACUAAUUUGCCAAAGGAACAGAUCUUAGAUUUGACUUCUGUAUUGAAAGACCUAUCUAGUAAAUUUGAGCUGAGCACACUUGGCUACCUCCGUCUACUGAGACUUCACAGGAUUGAUGAACCAGAUAAAUUUGACCCAGAAAAUGUAAGCUACCAGUGGGUGCCUUUGAGCUUGGAGUUCGGGAUUCCCUUAUUCAGUCCAAAGUUGUGCGAGAAGAUUUGUGAAAGGGUGGUUGCAUCCUAUAUGCUUCAGAAAGAUUAUCUCAAUGAGCAUUCUGAUGUGAUGCAAAAUGUGAGAAGGCAGCUGAGAGAACUUUGCAGUGAAUAUCAAGCAACUGGUCCAAUAGCUAAGUUAUUUAACAAGCGUGGAAGCUCAAGGGACUCGCCACGUGCCUUGAUCAAUAGUAUUAGUGGCAGAUGGAAUCUCUCUAAUGACCCUUCAACACCAACUAGUGGAGAAGCCCCAAGUGAACACGAGAGGCUAAAAUUUGCUGGAAGGCAGCGAUGCCGAACGGAAGUUGUGAGCUUUGAUGGGAGCACUGUCAGGUCAUAUGCACUUAGUCCUGAGCACAAUGAGGCUACCUUCAGACCUAACUCUGAAGAACAAUCGUCCAUACAUGAUGUAAAACCAGAUCCAGAGGAAACCGAGAGCAAGGAUGUAGUCUUACCAGGAGUAAAUCUUAUAUUUGAUGGAGCCGAAUUACACCCCUUUGAUAUUGCUGCAUGCCUUCAAGCACGCCAGCCUCUUUGGCUUAUAUCUGAGGCAUCAACUGCUUCAUCGGCAUUACUAUGAGGGGCUUAUGAUCCAGUUUCUCCAAGUUGGCCAACAAAAAUUCAUUAGUUGUGGUUAUUCAAAAGUAUUGCCAGUCUGAUUCUUAGGAAGACACAAUAGCGGGCUGAUGCUUUGUUCACUAUGGCCGAGUUCUUUCAUAUGAAUUGAUCAAAUGCUCCUGGUCAACUGGGAUGCACUUUCUGAAGGUUGUCUACUGUGUUAUAUGUUUCUUGGCCAUUAUAGUACUCUGCUUUUCACUUCUGUGUGAAAUUUCUUAGUGUGUGCUCCUACUUCAAGAUUGUUUGCCUACUUGAGGGUCGUUCAGUUACGAGGCUACGAAAAGGCCGUAGAUUUACGGUGACUAGUAUACUUGAUGUGUAUGUGGUGUUCAAUGAGCUCAGUUUUGUGAAUUUCACGUGGAAGAAGGCUAUAAUGGAAUUGUAUGCUGGUCGCUACCGUAUUACCGAUUCAGAUUCAUUAGACGCUAUAAUGGAGGCAGCUGGCCGAAUAAAGCUAACUAUAGAAGAAAAGCUGAUUCAGCCUGUUCGUUUGAGCUUAUCAUCUGAAUCUGUCAGCCAUUCAGCAGUGUUUUUCUCUCACAACAUUCAGCGGUGUUUUUCUCUCACAACAAAUCAGCCAAUAGUACUUUCUGCCAUGGCUUUUUGUCGGUAUGGUGUUAAUGGCCGUUGGCACGAAAUCUCUGAUAAUGUUGCAAGUGGAAAUUUUCUUGGUGCUAGAGUUAGUACAAUCAUGCUGGUUCUUUACUGUAUAUCAUCGUUCAUUUAUAUGUAAAUUUAAAUUGCACGUCAGUAUUGCUUUGAGCCUCCACCAAA